UCCCCAUUAAAUUGGAUUAAACACCAGGAGGGAUAUAUUUUCCUUGACAACCACUAAUUGAAACACUUAUCAUAGCAAAGUCACAAAGCGUGGCAAAUUAAAGAAAACAAUUCGAAAAUAUUAAUAAGCAUAAGCACAUACACAAUGAUGAGAGACGCUGAAGAAACUGGCGAAUGGACAUUUAAACUUACUCUUGUUCGACACGGAGAAACGAGGGGAAAUCGACUCAAAAUCACACAAGGUCAAACUGACAGCGUUCUGAGUGAAAGAGGAAAACAACAAGUGGAAAUGGUUGCAAAAAGAUUGAAAUACGAACGAUUGACAAGACUAUACAGCAGCGACUUGCUAAGGGCGUUGAAAACCGCGGAAGCAAUUUGCUCGCAAAACGUUUUUUUGAAAAAUUCUAAGGUCCACACGGAUGCCUUGUUAAGAGAACGGAACUAUGGAGAAGCCGAAGGCAAGUCGAACAUCGAUGUUCGGGAAAUGCUAGCUAGAGGUACACUGCCCAGAGGAGCAGAAACUGAUUAUGAAGUCAAGACUCGCGCAGUUGAUUUUUUUAACAAUCUACUAGAGGAUAUAAACCACAUAAAAAAUGCACAUUUUCGGGAAAAGAUCAGUGCAAAAAUUUCGCAAUCAAUUUCAAAUGAAAAUGUAAACUGUGAACACGUGUCGGGUUCUUCAUGUACACGGUGUAAAUCACAACAUUGCGAGAAAGACAAUACUACAUCACAGCAACAAUUGACAGACAUAAAGAGCACCAAGAAUACAGAGUUGAAUGACAUUAAACAUGGCAGUUAUAAAAAUAAACAUUGUUCGGGCUACCAACUGAUGACAUCGUCUUCCACGCCUUUAGUAAAGAAAAAACUUUCUGAGAAAAGUGUUUUUCCUGUUUUGUUAAAAGAUCUUUGCUUUCACAAAUGUGAAAAAUUAGAAGAUGAACAACAAGAAAAUACCGUUCAAUUUCAUAUCGUCGUUGUAUCACACAGCGGUAUACUGCGUCAUUUGAUAACACAUUUUGCACAAAACUUCCAAAGCAUUUUUCCAAUAGAAAAAAGAAAACUUCUAAGACAAAUCUGCCCCAACACAGGCUUGUGUGAGCUUGAAGUCAAUAUGAAAGCAAACACUGUUGUAGAUAUUGACUGUACAAAGCUGUAUGACAGAUCUCAUCUUUUCUAAAAGAAACUACCAUACAGUGGGAGUAAAUGAGGAUAAAUAAGGGUUAACUUGCUACCAUGAUUACCUAGUACAGUUAACACCAGCACAUGGUAUAUUUAACACCAGCAUGGCAUGGUAUAACUAACAUUGGUACAGCAUGGUAUGGUUGACACUAGUAUAGCAUGGUAUAUUUAACAGGCAUAGCAUGGUGUGGUUAACAAUGGUACAGCAUGGUAGCUUUGUGAUAAAAUAUAACUUGCAAGUCUUGCAUUAUGGAAAAUGAUGUGGGUAAGAACAUAUACAUAUUUACCUUAUUUGGAUAUUAGUUAUUGUCAUAAACCACAGUGUAAAUAGUUAUAAGCCAUUCAUAAUGUAAUACCAACUUUAUACUCAAAAUAAGUCAUAUGUUAUUGUGCACAUGAGAAUUUGAAGUAUUCUAAUGAGCCUUUUUCAUAAAACAUUAAGAUUUGCUAUUUGCA